GAGAGAGAGAGAGAGAAAUGCGCGUUAUUAAUAAAAGCAGCGCUGCUUUGGUUGGGUCUGGCUGGUCGAAUCGGAUCGGAUGGGAUCGGUCUUUUGGUGUGGCUCGGUUUGGCCCGGCAGCUGCAUUUAUUCGCAUUUGGCUCUUGCGUCCGUGGAGUUGCAGAGAAAAGCAAAGAAAAAGCUAAGAAAUAUCUGAGAGAUUCGCCAGCAUGAAUGUGGAGAAGCUGAAGCGGCUGCAGGCGCAGGUGCGCAUCGGUGGCAAGGGCACGCCCCGUCGCAAAAAGAAGGUCAUGCAUCAGACGGCGGCCACCGAUGACAAGAAGCUGCAGAGCUCGCUCAAGAAGCUAUCCGUUAGCACCAUACCUGGCAUUGAGGAGGUCAACAUCAUCAAGGAUGACCUCACGGUCAUACAUUUCAAUAAUCCCAAGGCGCAGGCAUCGCUCUCGGCCAAUACGUUCGCCGUCACCGGCCAUGGCGAGACGAAGAAGAUUGUCGAAAUGCUGCCGGAGAUUCUGCCACAGCUGGGCCAGGAGACGGUCGUACAGUUGCGCAUGUAUGCCAACUCAAUGUCGAAUAAUCAGAAGGCCACAGCCGACAGCGGCACAGCUGCAGCUCCGGCUGCCGAGGAUGAUGAUGAUGAUGAUGUGCCCGAUCUGGUGGGCGACUUUGAUGAGGUGGCCAAGCUGGAGGCGAACAAGCAGCAGGAACAAGCAGCUGCCGGCCAGGGCAAAGCGCAGCAGCCAAAGCCAGCCACAGAGAAGCCCAAGGAGGCCAAGAAAACCAACAAGGCAGACAACAAGGCGGACAAGCAGCAGCAGCAGCAGCCGUCCGGUAAACAGGAGCGCAAGAAGCAGCAGCCACAGCAGGAAGCCAAUAAGACCAAGGCCAAGGAUAAGCAGGACAGCAAGAAAGCCCAGGCUAAGACGCAAGAGAAGGUGGACAAGAAGAGCGAACCACAGAACAAUAAAGAGGAACAGCCUGCAGCAGCUGCUGUGGAUACUCAAAAGAAGGAAACCAAGAAGCCAUCACUGGAGCCCAAAGCAGAGCAGCCCAAGCCGGUCGAGCCGCAGAGUCAAAUCGCUGCGCCUGUCCCAAUCCCUAGCCCAGCCGCAGCUGUGCAGGCAAAGACCCCACCUGCUGUGCAAACAUUGGCACAAAUCGUAGCCGCUGAGCCGACCAAGCCGGCCGAGCAAAAAGAGAUCCCAGCCAGUGCACUGGCUGAGCAGAAGCCUGCUCCAGCGCCAGCCAAAGUGGAGCUUAAAGCUGAAGCAAGCGCUGCCAAGCAGGAGCAGAAAACAACCACAGCUGAGCCUGAGAAGAAACCGGAGCCCAAACCGAAGGAAGCCAGUCCACAACAGGCUACUCCGCCGUCAGCCAAACAGGCAGCACCAAAGCAAGUGACGCCCCCACCGGCAAAGCAGGUCACGCCACCAGCAGAAGCUAAAGCGCCAGUGGAGCAACUGAAGCCACAGCCAGCUGCAGCUACGGCUAAGCCGGCAGAGAAGAAACCAGAGGAUGUUAAGGCGGCAGCACAACAGGCAGGUCCCAAGCAAGUGACGCCAUCUACGGAGCAACAACAGAAACCCGCAACUCCUGCUCCAGCAGCAGCAGUACCACCAGUUGCUUCACCAGCAGCAGCAGUACCACCAGCUGCUUCACCAGAAGCAGCUCCAGCUGUAGCAGCAGCUGUAGCUCCAAUUACACCACCAGCAGCAGGCCCGGGAGCAGCCCCAGCUCAGACUGCAGCUCCAAUUACACCACCAGCAGCAGUUCUAGCUCCAACAGUAGCUCCGGCCCCAACUGCAGGUCCAGCUCCAGCAGCAGCUACAGCUCCAACAGCAGCUCCAGCUCUAAUAACACCACCAGCUGCAGCUCCUGCUAUAGCUGCUACUGCACAACCAGUUGCAGCUCAAGCUCAAAUUGUGACACAACCAGCAGCUCCUGCUUCACCACCAGCAGUAACUCCUGCCGUAGCACCGCAAACCGGAGCUCCAACAGCAGCUCCCGCUGCAGCUCCAACAGCAGCUGCAACAACUGCCCCUGUUGCACCUUCAGCAGCAGCAGCUGCUUCAACACCAGCUUCUGCUAACCCACCAACAGCAGGUCCAACUCCUGCUGCAUCAACAGCAUCUGCUCCAGCACCAGCUCCUGCUGCACCAACAGCUGCAGCUGCAGCUCAAAAAACCGCAGCUGCUGCGAAUGGCAAAAAACAGGAAGCAGCUCAAAAGUCCAAGCAGCCUAAGCCUGGCCAGACACAGCAACAAAACCAAAAGCAGCCACAACAGCCCAACAAACCACAGCAACAACAACAACAACAAAAGCAGACGGCAGCCAAGCCCGCAGUCGCAUCCAAGCCUGAGACGGCAGCUGCCAAGCCGGCUGGAUCGAAGCAGCCCGCAGGCACCCAGCCGCAGCAGCAGCAGCAGGGCAAGGGCAACAAGGCAUCGCCACCAAAGCAGCAGCCAGCAGCUGCCAAAUCUAAUCCCCAGCAGCAGCAGCAAAAGGCUGGUGAUGGCAAGCCCAAGACGCCGGCAAAUACGCCCAAUUCGCAGGCCUCGCCCAAGGCGUCGCCAUCACCCAAAGCAGGCGCUUCGCCCAAGACGACCUCCCCCAAGGCGGGCACACCGACGACCCCCACAGCUGUCGGCCAGCCACAGCCAGCACCGGGCACUGGUGGCGCCAAUUAAAUAUGAUUUCAAUGC